GACCAAGUACUAAAAAGGAAGAGAGUAUAAUGGAUGAGUGAUUAGCAGAACAGUCACUUUGUGUCAACACAACAUUCACUAAGCUGGGAAAAAAAAUGCAGGCUUUUGUGUCAACACCAAGUACUAGAACAACCUGUUACAUCAAUCAUACAAGAUUUAUACACAACAACAAUCAAUAUCACACCUCCAAAAAUUUCCCCCUUUUUUCUUCACAACCCACUAAAUCUCUUCACUUAAACUCCCAUUUACCUUCAUUUCCAUCACCAAAUCUUGUUUUAAAUAAAAAACCCAACCCCAUUCCACCACUUCUGUGUGCAAAUUCAUCAAAUGCAAUUACUUCAAAUGAUGAUGAUGAUAAUAAUGAAAUCAAGAAAAGCAUUGGGGAUUGGAUCCAAAGUAUUGGUGAAGGGAUAUCUGUGUUGUUUCCUUUAUGGGUAGCUUUGGGUUGUUUAAUUGGGCUGGUCAAACCUGGUUCAUAUAAUUGGGUUAAACCACAAUGGACAGUUAUGGGUAUUACAGUUACUAUGCUUGGUAUGGGAAUGACACUUACUUUUGAUGAUCUUCGUGCUGCUUUAGCAAUGCCUAAACAGUUGUUCUGUGGUUUUCUCCUUCAGUAUUCGGUGAUGCCUUUAACAGGAUAUUUUGUUAGUAAGCUGUUAAACUUGCCGUCUCAUUAUGCAGCAGGCUUGAUAUUGGUUGGCUGCUGUCCUGGAGGGACGGCAAGUAACAUUGUCACUUACAUUGCACGUGGAAAUGUGGCGCUUUCAGUUUUGAUGACUGCUGCAAGUACCCUAUCAGCUGUGGUGAUGACCCCUUUUCUAACAGAGAAACUUGCAGGGCAAUUUGUUGCAGUUGAUGCAGCUGGGCUUUUCAUGUCCACUUUACAGGUGGUGCUUCUUCCUGUAUUAGGUGGUGCAUUUCUGAAUCAAUAUUUCAAAAGCUUUGUCAAAAUCGUGUCUCCAUUGAUGCCACCUAUUGCCGUAACAACUGUUGCAGUGCUUUGUGGAAAAGCAAUUGCACAGAGUUCUUCUGCAAUUCUUAUGUCAGGUCAAAAAGUUGUCUUAGCUACUGCUCUUCUUCAUGCAUCUGGCUUCUUCUUUGGCUAUGUACUCGCAAGGAUUCUUGGAGUUGAUGUAUCAUCCUCAAGGACAAUAUCUAUUGAAGUCGGCAUGCAGAACUCGGUUCUUGGAGUAGUUCUAGCUACUCAGCACUUUGGUAAUCCACUUACUGCAGUGCCGUGUGCAGUUUCUAGUGUAUGUCACUCGAUAUUUGGCAGUGCCUUGGCUGGAAUUUGGAGGCGUUCUAUUCCAGAUAAAGUGCAGAACUGAGUCACUCUCUUGGUAUAUCUUAGCAAUUGUGAAUCUGAGAUUGUAGCUUUUCACAGACUGAUACAUCAAGCUUGGUAGUCGGUGGAAUUGGAGGGUCACUUUUUUCUUUUUAGAAGUUCAUAGUGUUCAUGUCUGGAGAAUCAGCAAUUAACCUGUCGAUACUAGAACCAAUUUUAUUUUUUUGGCGGUGAUUUCGGAGAUGCUCCAGGAAACUUUGAAUUCUCGGAACACUGGUAAAUCUGCUCGAAGGAAGAAAUUAAUCAAUUAUGCAGAGACUCGCCUACUUAAUAUCUUGAUUAUUGGCAGGAAAUUUUGCCCGCAUUUGAGCUCCAAGCCUUGUUCACGUAAUGAUCGCGUGGGGUGACUUUUGAUCUCAUAUGUUGGUGUAAAGAGAGUAAGAGCAGUCUUGUGUUAGUGUUUCGUUAUCUGGCAAAUUGAAACAAACGAUGUUUUUUCUUAGAAUGGUGAAGAAGACAAUUUCUACUAUGGUAUAAAGAGUUGGUUAAGUUUUGAGAAACAAA